AUGGAACCUUGGUUCUUCCUCUUACUCUCUCUAUCUGUCUGCGUCCUCAUACGACGCAUCUUCUUCUCCCUUCACACCAAAACCACCACCGCCACCCCUCCCGGCCCUUUACACAUCCCAAUCAUUUCUAACAUCCUAUGGCUCACAAAAUCCUUUCAAAUCGAAUCAAUACUCAGAACCCUCCACGACAAAUACGGUCCCAUUCUCACUCUCCACAUUGGUACUAGCCCCGUCGUCUUCAUACGCGACCGCUAUCUCGCACACCAAGCCCUAGUCCAAAAUGGUUCUCUAUUCUCCGAUCGCCCUAAGGCCCUUGCCGCCGCCAAAAUCAUAACCAGCGACCAACACAACAUUAGCUCCGCCUUUUACGGCGCCACGUGGCGCACCCUCCGCCGUAACCUCACCUCCGAGAUGCUCCACCACUCCCGCGUCAAGUCCUUCUCCGGGAUUCGCAACUGGGUCCUCCACACCCUCCUCACUCACCUCAAAUCCCAUUCGCAAUCCAACAAUUCUGUCAGAGUCAUCGACCACUUCCAAUACGCCAUGUUCUGCUUGCUGGUCUUCAUGUGCUUCGGGGAACUGCUCGAUGAUGGCAAAGUCAGAGACAUCGAGCGCGUACAGCGACAGAUGCUUCUGCGUGUGACAAGCUUCAACAUCCUCAACAUCUGGCCUAGAGUCACGCGCGUUUUGUUCCGCAACCUCUGGGAGGAAUUGCUGAGGAUUCGAAAGGAGCGAGAGGAUGUUUUGAUUCCGCUUAUAAGAGCCAGGAAGCAAAAUCAAGCCACGGAAGAAGGUGUUGUUUCGUAUGUUGAUACUUUGUUGGAUUUGCAGUUGCCUGAGGAGAAACGCAACCUCAACCAAGAGGAAGUUGUGACGCUGUGUAGUGAAUUUUUAAACGCGGGUACGGAUACGACUUCCACUGCGUUGCAGUGGAUCAUGGCGAAUUUGGUGAAGUACCCGCACGUGCAAGAGCGAGUGGUGGAUGAGAUAAGGGAGGUAUUGGGUGAGAGAGAAGAGAGGGAAGUGAAAGAGGAGGACUUGCCGAAACUGCCUUAUCUGAAAGCUGUGAUUUUGGAAGGUUUAAGGCGACACCCACCUGGGCACUUUGUGUUGCCGCAUGCAGUGACUGAGGACGCGAUUUUUAACGAUUACUUGAUCCCAAAGAAUGCGACUGUGAAUUUCAUGGUGGCAGAGAUGGGGUGGGACUCUAAGGUUUGGGAGGAUCCCAUGGCGUUUAAGCCAGAGAGGUUUAUGAAAGAUGAGGGCUUUGAUAUUACUGGAAGUAAGGAGAUCAAGAUGAUGCCCUUUGGAGCGGGAAGGAGGAUUUGCCCUGCCUAUAAUCUGGCCUUGCUUCAUUUGGAGUACUUUGUGGCUAAUUUGGUUUGGAAUUUUGAGUGGAAGGUUCCAGUGGGAGGGGAUGUAGAUUUGUCAGAGAGACAAGAGUUCACUGUGGUGAUGAAAAAUGCAUUGCAGGUUCAUCUUUCUCCUAGGAUCUAG